GAGCAGCAAGAUCCAUGAUGGAAUUUACAUUGGGAAGCACGACGCUAGGUCUUCUGUUGCUUUUGGUCACCCCAAGUUUAUGUCAAUCAAAGGUUCCCUACGAGCAGUGGUACGUCAACAGAACUCUAUAUCCGGUGAGUAGAUUUGGUUCCCCUCCAGAAGCUCGCGGUAGAAUGAACCCCGUGGGCUAUCUGAAUUACGUAGCAGGAGAAGAAGAAAUAUGGAACGGUAAAUGUAAUGUAACGCACGAGGUUCCAGGAUGCAUCAAGACGGAAACAGCUUGGUAUUACAACAUACAAACUGAACAAUGCGCAAUAUCACCCUACGGAAGCUGUAGUGGUACAAAAAACAAUUUUAAAACAAAAGAGCAGUGCGACCAAGAAUGCACAGCAUUUUCGCCAGGCAAGGCACAGGCCGUUCCACUAAACGUACCUGUCCCAGUCGUGCAAACUGUUCCUGUAACACAGCCUGUCCCCAUCACGCAAUCUACCCCUGUCAUGCAACCUGUCCCGCAACCUAUCCUUGUCCCGCAACCCGUCCCUGUUCCACAACCUGUCCCAGUCGUGCAAACUUAUCCUGUGGUACAAACAGUCUCUGUCCCGCAACCUGUCCCUGAUCCGCAACCUAUUCCUGUGCCACAACCUGUCCCGGUCGUGCAAACUGAUCCUAUGGUGCAAACUGUUGCUGUCUCGGAACCUGUCACUACCCCGCAACCUGUUCCUGUCGUGCAACCUAUCGUACUUGUAGCAACAACACCACCGGAAAAACAAAACGUUACAAUUCAAUCAAUAUUAAGUACCGGAGUUAAUAAUGUUACUCCGGAAGAAAUAACAUCGAACACAAUAACCCAGGUGACAACGGAAAAAACUAUCCCAAUUCCAGUAUCGGAGCCUGCUCGGUAUGUAGCUCCGGGAAUAAUAGAAAUACAGGCAGCGCAAAAGCAAUUGCAAAAUGUACAGAAUGAUCAAUUAACCUGUGGCCAUCGAUUACACAAGCUUGCUGGAGUGUACCUUCAGCAGCAUGCUGGAGUUCCGAGACCGGUAAGCAUGCACGACAAUGCGACAAGAUCAGCAGAAAAAAAAAUUGGACACUUUAUUGAUGAGGCUGCAAGUAAACUUUUUGAUGAUUGUUCGAAGGUCGACAUCGGUAGGACAAAAUGGUUGUCCACAGAAGUCGAGCAUACGGCAGAUGGUGGUAUGAUAAUUUACCAAAUUGGAAUUCAAACUAUAGAUUACGCACUCCCAUAGUAUCCAUGGAACAGGAGGCUUCUCUUCCCUACAUCUAAUACAAAUUUAAAUAUAUUAAUCCAA